AUGGGUGACAAAGAUAUUAAAGAGGAGUUCAAUGUGGAAGAAGCUUCAAGAAGAGCGUACGAAGCAUUGAUGGAUCGCCUUCGAAGCCUCCUGGCAGGAGAUAGAACGGUACGAGAUCGUCCUGUUCUCCCCAGUGUAGCAGAAAUCCCCAGCGAUCAUCCAAGAUUUGAAGUUGUUAUGGGAACUAACACCAAUCAAGUCACAUUUCUUUUCAGAAGGCAGGAUCUUUACUUGGAAGCCUACCAAAGAGGGGGUUCCGAAACUUGGUAUGAGUUCAGGGAAAAGAAUCAGAAAGAGCAUGCCGUCAAAGGUUCUGAGUUUCUACCCUUUAGUGGGAGCUAUAGUGGCACUCAUGGCCUGGAAGAGAAUGCUGCAAAUAGAGAUAGAUCUGGUAGGGUUAUGCAGGGAUCGUUUGACAGGAGUCGUAUACCACUAGGCCGAUAUGCUCUUCGUGAUGCAGUAAACACUCUUGCUACUUCCGAUGCUCAGAAUGAAAGGGCGAGAUCGCUGAUCGGUGACUUUUCGAAUGGUCUGUUACGUUCUUAUGCCCGUCCAGAUCUCUCCAUUUUCCCAAUUGUUCUGGUUUAUGAUGGGGAACCACAUACCUAUACCUUUGAGAUAGUCGUCGCUUUGAUUGGCUUGCUUGCGCAUAAUGUUAAAGGCAUUCCAAAGCAGUGCUCUACUCGUAGUGCAAAUGACGACAUUGAUGGGUAUCCAGGCCGAGCACUACUGGAGGUGUUCGAGGUGAUAGUUAAUGACAUGGACGAGGAGUCAAAAGGAGACAUGUAUGGCAAAAUUACAGUCACUGAUGGGCUGCUUUCUCAGUACAUAUACGAUCGGGACGGGGAUCAUACAGAAUUAGUUAAUCCAAAACAGAAAGCAACCUUAACAGGCCCUACUCAAUCAUGUUUCUCGGCAUUGGACAAUAUCAUCAUAGCUGCGGAUCUCAUGGAUAAGGACAAAUAUUCAGGGUCUGAUCAAGUCAGCAAGGGCGAGAUUUCUUGGAGCGUCUAUGACAUCCCCACAAACGUUUACGACAAACCCCUGGUAGAGAAUAUACAUGGAAUAUAUGGAUCUGUCAACGUUGUAUACGGUGUCUUCAGUAAUGCGGUGCAAGCAUUUGUGGAAGUAAUUAUCCUAAGAGGUGAGCACAAAAACCCGGCUGAUGUUUAUGGAAGUAUUUUCGCUGGCAACAACCAUCCUGAUUUCAAAGACCAAGAAAUUGUUCUUUUCCACAGGGAACGUGACGAUGUCGUCCAAGUAAGAGAAGGUGCCGUGAUCCCCCUCUCCAGAUCCAUAGUAGCUGUACCAUUGGACUCUAAACUUGUGAUCUGGGGAGACAUGUUUGACCGCAACACAACUAUAUCUGACCCUGAUGUUAAGAUUUUACAUGGGACUGAUAGUUUUUCUGCACAGCUGUCCGGCGAUGUGUAUGUUUUUGGUACUGUUGAUAAUGCCCUGAUGAGAACCAAAGUCACUUGGAUUUCAUGA